AUGUUGAAGUUGAUAGCGUUCAUUGACAAUGGAUCCGAUACCACGUUGAUCACCAAACGCUUCGCCGUAAACGGCAACAUCACAACCCGACCUUCUUUCCUGAUGAUCAGCACGGUGAACGGCACCAAGGCGACGUCCACCAAUCAUGCAAAUUUGACGUUGGUUUCGAUAUUUAAUGGUGAAGGAGUAGAGGUAACGGAAGCUUCCACCAUCGCCGACUUGCCAAUGCGAGCAGUGGAAUCGAUCGGGGAAUUAGCAACGCGCUGGCCGUACCUGCGAGACUUGUGUUUCAAAGAAGGUGACUCUCCCGAAGUCGAUGUACUAAUAGAGUGUGAAGUGCCCGAAGCACACUGGGUCCUGGACCAGAGACCGGGCGACAGGAAAGAACCAUAUGCUGCUCGCACCAUGGUCGGGUGA